ACUGCAUCGUCUUCGUCCGUCGUUGACAAGUCUCGCCCAGUCGUCCUGUGCGGGCCCUCCGGCGUAGGCAAGAGCACAUUGCUGAAGCGCCUCUUCGAAGAGUGUCCCGGAGAGUACGGCUUCAGUGUCAGUCACACGACCCGUUCCCCUCGCCCUGGAGAGACGCCAGGCGUUUCCUACCACUACGUGACACGCGAAGAGUUCACUUCCCUCGUCUCCCAAGGAGCAUUCCUUGAGCACGCCCAAUUCGGCGGCAACCUCUACGGCACCACGGCCUCGGCCGUCGAAGCCGUCUCUUCUCAACGCGGGCAGCGGGCCAUCCUCGACAUUGAUGCUCAGGGCGUCAAGAUUCUCAAGAGGGACCAUGCUGAGCGACUGAAGCCUCUGUACAUCUUCAUCAGCCCACCCAACCUCGAGGCUCUGUACAACAGGCUGAAAGGUAGGGGCACCGAGACGCCGCAGAGCGUUGUCGGGCGACUCGGGAUGGCUGAAGGGGAACUGCAGUACGCCAGGAGUAAUGGCGGCAAGGAGUUCGAUGUCGUCGUGGUCAAUGAUGAGCUGGACAGGGCUUAUGGCGUGUUUAGAAAGGCA